AUACAAUAAUUAAUUAUUAAGUUUAUUCGUAUAUUAUAUUUGGAGACUAAUGUAGGUCAACUUAUAAAGUUCAUAGAAUCUUUGUCAUUAGAAUAGGUACUUAAUUUGUUAGCAUCGAUGUAUUUGCUGAAUUGGUUCAAAUUCACUUUGUUUCACGAACAAAACCAAUAUAAACAUGCACGCCUGUACCAUUUGUAAAAGUUAUCCAUCGUCCACCGUCCAUCGGUGAAUAUAUCCCAGCCUGCUAAUCGCGGUCAUUCCGCAUUCACUCGCUAGCAUCGCAUCGCUGUUCGCAGUUCGCACGCUCAGUUCGAAUUUGGCGCGCAACCGGUACCGGUCAGGCAGCCAGCGACGUGCGCGCCUUUGCCAUAAGAAGUUGUGUCGAAAAACGAAACGAAGCAAAGGAAGGAGCGAAAAGUUUUAUUUGUUGUGUUUUGUGUUUACUUUUUGUUUUUUGUAUGGAAGUCAAAGAACUGGUUUUAUUUUAUAAUGAAAGAUUUUAGUGCAAGUGUAUUUCUCUAGUAAGGAAUUAUAAUAAUAAAAUAAGCAACAAAUACAGUGCCAACGGAUACAUACAUGGUAUCUCCGACGACGCGUACGCUUACGCCCGAAUAGUAGUACUACCUCGUACUAUAAACAAGUAAUCGUAGUAUUCAUAAUGGAUGGCGAAAGGAAAAUUCAUAUGAGCGAAGGUGUCCCCUUGAACUCACCAGGUGCGGCUAACAUUUUUCUGAAUACUGGCAAAAAUACAAAAGUAAAUUCACCCGAAGGGACAGUCAUACAUCUCAACACAGAGAAACCGUCAGACCUCGGCGUGCAUAUAAAUACGACGUUCUCAAUAGCGUCUUCCAAGAAAAUAAAGCUUUUGUUCGUGUUGAAUUUUUUGUUAAGCGUUAUUUGCAUGGUAUUAAGUUGUUCGAUAGCGUUCUACUACUGGAACGAAAUGAUAUCGAUGAGGAGACAGCUGGACAUGAUAAACGACCACUUUAUCUUACACAACUUGAACCAGGACAGAGGGGUACAGAGUGCACUGGUGGCCCGCCCAAGGCCGCCGGCUGAGGGCGACGCGCGGGAGCCGAGAGCAAGGCCCUUUGAUGACGAUGACACUCCACAGAGUGCUAAAAAGUACUAUGUCGAAGAUCUGGGGGAAGAUAUGUUAUUGGUAGACUCCAAGAAAAAAAAUUCAAGCAAAGGCAAUGUUCCAGUUUAUGACCUGACCAUCCUACAAAAAGAGUUGGUUGUGGUUCAAUAUAACGGUGGCCAGAAAGAAGUUAAUUUGGGAACCCAAUCAAUCAUAGGUCCCUGGAUUCGAGAUGAGGAGGUGUCUUCGAAGAAUAGCGCAGACAAGUUCGAGCUGACGAACAAUUUCGUCGUCAUCAAAGAAGGCGGCCUGUAUUUAAUUUAUGCUCAGGUGGUGUACCUAACACAAUCACCGAACUGCUACUACAUAUGGGCGCGUCAAACGGGGAAGGAUCCCCGUCUCCUCUCAACUUGUGCAACAGGAGACGACUCGAGCAACCGCCCGCUCAGCAAAUCUCAAAUGUCUUGUUCCGUGCAAACAGUCGCAAGGCUUUACAAAGGAGACACUGUGAACAUUGCUCAAAGAGAACCGAACAGAACUGUAUGGCUCCGACCAGGGUACAGCUACUUCGGGUUCGUAAAACUUAGUUCCUAAUAGGCUGUGAAUUAGUAAGGUAAAGAAUAAGAAUGUAUGUCGAAUGAAGCCCCCAACUCUAUGAGUCAAGUGACAUUACGCAAACAGAAAAAACUGUGGUAACGGUGAGUGUAUUAAGGUCAGUAUUCUAACAGUCAUAUUAUGUACGGGAAUUAACAUGUAUAUAGAAGAAAAUCCCCGAAUCUAGUUCAGUGGUUCAUGAUGUAAUAUUAUGUAUAAUGUUUAGAUGAAAGAAAGGGGUUUUUGGGCCUGAUUUACCAGUUAAACGCCGCCUUUAUAGUCAUAAAAGUGAUUGGCGAACCUCAGCUCAGUCUAAUUACCAACUAUGUAUGAAAUUCUUAAUAGCAACACGGAAUCUAGAAUUAUAACCACGUGUCUAGCAACAGGCGCACUCCAGACUCAUCAUAAAUCUUGUAUGUAUUUACAUAAAUUAGUACUAAUAACAAGUUGAUUUGCAUCUUGAUCAAAGACUGCCUCGUUGGCCGAGUGGUCGCAAGUGCCGGGCAAGGGGUCUCGGGUUCUAUUCCCGGGUCCCGGUAU